AUGCAACGUUAUUUCUUUAUCCUAUUAAACUUAACAAUGUUGUUAAUAUUUUUACUUGUAUUAGGUCGUCUUGUUAAUGAUAAAUAUAUUAAUCGUUUGAAUGAUCGUAAUCAUACAAUGAAUGCUAAUGAAACAACAACAUCAGAUGAAACAACAUCAUUGAAUGGUAAUGAAUUGAUUGAAAAAACAUUGGAAUUUCCAAAUCAAACAUCAAUGACAACAUUGUUAAUCGAAUCAAGUAUUUGGGAUGAUUUUUUUCAAUCAAUCAAUCUUAGUGAAAGUCAUGAUCAGAUUAGAUGUUUAAAACCAAUUCUAUCGAAUAUAAUUGAUUUUCUUUAUAUAAUUGUUGUUUUUGAUGAAUUAGUACCAAUCAUUUAUCUAUUGAUACGUGGACGUAAAUUGAUAAAUUUAAUCAUAAGAAUACCAUAUAUUGAUGAAUUUGAUCAUUCAAAAAGAUUUGCAUAUCGUUCAUUAGCAAUUGCAUUUAUAACAGCAUUAUUUAUCAAUAUAAUUGGCUUUAUUUCAUUUAAUCAAACAUCUAAACAGAUUAUAAUGGAUCCGGAACAAUAUUUUAGUUCACGUUUAUUUACAUUGAUUGCACCAAUAUUCAAUACAUUUCUUUUCGUUUAUUUAUCAGUUAUUCCAAUAAUGUUUAUCUAUACAAUGAUGUUAUUUAAAUUUGUAAUCGAAAAAUUAUUGAAUACAUUUGCUGUGGUCAAUUUGGAUGAAAUAUUAAUGUUAAAAUUGAAGACAAAAUUAUCCGAUCUAAAUGAUCAAUUCAAAGAAAUUAUACCGAAAUUUGCAUUACCAUUGACCAUACAUUUUGCAACAAAUAUAUUCAUUAUUAUAAGUUCAGCAUGUUAUCUUAUGAUUGAUCUUGGACCCGAAGGUACAACAAAUACAGCAUUCAUAUUUAGUUUGGGUAUAUUUUCAUUUUUACGUUUAAUUAUUGUUGCUUGUUAUGGUAAUCUACCGACAAAUAUUUGUCGUGAUCUAAUUCGUACUGUAUAUGAAAAUCUUGAACAAUGGAGUUUAAAUGAAUGGAUGUGUUUUAUGGAAUUGAAACGUUUACGUAAAGAAUUUACUGUAUCAAUAUUUUCAAUGUAUACUGUACGACAAUCAUCAAUAUUGGCAAUGUUAGGUUUUGCAUUGAAUUAUAUUGUCAUUUUAUUACAAACAGAAAAUUAUCCAUCAGCAAAUAAUUCAACCAUAACAUCGAAUAUGACAAACGAAACAAUUAUCGAUGAUUUAAUGAAUGAAAAUAAUCUAACUAAACAAAUAUUAGACUAG